CAGCCAAUCGCAGAAUCUGUUUUCCAAUUGCUCUCUUCCGGCUUCCUCCUUGCACUUUUGUCUGUGGGAUCCGCCUGCACUACACGACAUUUCUAGGCAUUUUCCUGCGUUCACAGUCAGAGGGGGAGAAUCGAAUCAAAGUGACUUUCUUUUUUUUUUAAAAAACUAAAUUCUUCUCUGAGUGUCAAGGUUGAAACAGACAAUGUCUCUGUAUCCGUCACUGGAGGAUCUGAAGGUCUCCAAAGUACUUGAGGCUCAGGCCACUAUUGCAGCCAAGAUGGCCCCACCAGCAAUUGAAGCUGAGACCCCCAGUGCUGGAAGUGGUUUAUAUCCAGACCUGCAGGAACUGGGAGACUAUAUGGGACUGGAUCUGAACAGUGAGGAUCUGAGGCAGAACAUGGCCAUAGUGCCAGCUGCAGAAUCUGGACAAGCUGACAGCAAUCAGUCAACCAUGAAUAACAUGGUGGCCCCAUUGACUGGAAACAGUCUGGGACUCCACCGAGCGGAGAUCAAAGCUGGAGUGCGGGAAGUGAUCCUCUGUAAGGACCAAGAUGGAAAGGUUGGGCUGCGUCUGCGUGCAGUUGACAAGGGGAUCUUUGUGCAGUUGGUGCAGGCCAACUCCCCUGCUUCUCUUGUUGGGCUGCGUUUUGGGGACCAGAUCCUGCAACUGAACGGCCAGACCUGUGCAGGCUGGAGCACUGACAAAGCACAUAAGGCACUAAAACAGGCGCCGCAGGACAGGAUCUCCGUCAUCGUCCGGGACCGGCCAUUCCAGAGAACGAUCACCAUGCACAAGGACAGCACUGGACAUGUUGGUUUCAUCUACAAACGUGGAAAAAUCACUUCCAUCGUGAAAGACAGUUCUGCAGCCAGGAACGGAUUAUUAACUGAUCACUAUGUCUGUGAGAUCAAUGGCCAGAACAUCAUUGGACUGAAGGACUCACAGGUCGGUGAUAUCCUGGCCGCUGCUGGGAGUGCAGUCACCAUUACUGUCAUGCCGAGUAUCAUCUAUGAGCACAUGGUGAAGAGGAUGUCUUCGGGCCUUGUGUCCCAGAUGGAUCACUCCACUCCAGAGGUGUAAGAUGAUAUUCACCAAAUAAUUUACAAUAUCGAUCCAACGUAGAAUCCUCCAGGCUGGGAUCUUGCCUCAUUUAAGCAGACGGGUUCCAGCUCUGCUUUCUUCUCAUGUGUAUGUUUUGCUGAUUUGGCAAUUCCUCACAGGGUUUGCAUUGUUCCACAUUUGCUCUCUGUUUAUUAUAUCAGUCCCUAUCAAUAACCCCACGCAUUCCCCCCCCAUGUUAAAAUAUUCUUGGGUUGAACUCUUAAUGAAUGUGCUAUAGAUUGAUGUAAUUGUAAAUCAUUAAUCCUUUAAGCUUCCAUAUAGUAUCAUUGCUGUGGGCACUGGUUAGCGAAUAAAGUCAUGGAUUGAGAGUC